CCCAGAGUCACCCAGCUGACAAUUGGCAGAGCCGGGAUACCCUCCCCCGGGUCCUCUUUCCCUCUGUCUCCCGAAGUCAGGAGGUCCGCCAGCAUGGACGCCACGCUGGCCAGGGAGUUGCUGACUUUCCUGGCCCCCGGCAGCCGGCCGGAUCUCCAGGGUCCGGCAGCCGGCUACCUGCUGGGCCUGACGGCCACGGAGCCCGGGCGGGCCCUGCUGGCCGCCCAGCCGGCCUUGCUGGAGGCGCUGGGAGCCCUGACCGACGCCCCUGCCCCCGCCCCAACCGGAGACGCUUUCCACGCCCUGGUCAACUUGGCCGCGGACCCUGGCGUGCAUGACGCGCUGCUGGGGGCUCUCCCGGGACUCCUGGCCCAGCUGGCGGACCGCACGCUGGACCCGGGCUGCCGCUGGGCCGGGCGAGCCUGCGCCGUCCUGGCCAACCUGACGCGGGAGGAGGGACCCUGCCACAAGCUGCUGGCCGUCCUUUGGGGGCAGGAAAAGGAGCCGGGCCCCAGGCUGCCCAGCCUGUUGGAAGCCCUGUGCGACCCCGGCUACAACCCUCACGCCCCCUUACACUACCUGGGACCGCUGCUCUCCAACCUCACCCAGCUGCCCCGGGCCCGGGCAUUCCUGCUCGACAGGGACAGGUGCGUGGUACAGCGACUCCUGCCCCUCAUCCAGUUCCCGGAUUCCACCGUGUGCCGCGGCGGGGUGGUCGGGACGCUCCGCAACUGCUGCUUUGAGCACUCUCAUCACGAGUGGCUCCUGGGACCCCAGGUGGACGUGCUUCCCUUCUUGCUGCUGCCGCUGGCCGGCCCGGAGGAGUUCUCUGAGGAGGAAACCGAAAGGUUGCCCAUGGACCUGCAGUAUCUGCCUCCGGAGAAGCAGCGGGAGCCGGAUCCGGACAUCCGCAAGAUGCUCAUCGAGGCCAUAAUGUUGCUGACAGCCACGAAGGCCGGGAGGAAGCUCGUGCGCGACCAGGGCGCCUACCUGGUGCUGCGGGAGCUGCAUUCCUGGGAGCCGGAUCCCUCCGUACGCAGCGCCUGUGAGAAGCUCAUCCAGGUGCUGAUCGGGGACGAGCCGGGGCCCGGCCUGGAGAACCUUCUGGAGGCGACCGUCCCCCCUGAGGUGGAACAGCGGCUCCGGCAACUGGACCAGCAGGAGGAAGCAGAUCGGCAGCGGGAGAGCGAGGAGACGGAGCGGCAGGCGACCCCCGGAGCCUCUCCCCCCGUGCCUGCCGAAGGCUGGCUGACCUCGGCCCCCAGUGGCCCGGAGGAGCCCGGGAGACCAUCUGGGACCAGGACUGGCUAGCGGUGGAGUGUCGGGGGGAGAGGGCAGGGCCCCUCGGGCUCAAUAAAGACUUCUCGCUCGAA